CCCUUCCUUUUGGGGGGCAGCGGGGGGCGGAGUCCCGGAGGGGGGCGGGUCCGGGGAAAGGGGCGCAGGCGGAGGGUGCCGGGGAGGGGUGGUCCCGGGGGGGGGGAGGGCCCGGGGGUCGUGUCUUUGGAGACGGGGGACGGCACCGGCCUAAGGCCUUCUCCAUAAACAUGAGGCGCGAGUUCCCAGAAGGGCUGCGAGAGAAGUAGGAGUAUGAGGAUGAUGAUGGUCACACCGCGCACCUCGUGCGCUGGGGCGAAGCUUAAAAUAUUGCGACAUCUGCAGACGAGGAGAAGGAGAGAAGGAGGAAAAUGAGAAGGGGAUGGGGGAGACAUAAUCUACACAGAAAGCAGACUGCGCAGAGCUAGGCCCACGCCAGGCAGCCUUCUCAUAGAGGAGAGGCCGAUGACCGCCUUGUGCUCGUGGAGAGCUGAAAAUCCGGCAACAGAGCGUGUGCGAAGCUUGGCUGCCCCCAUGUUUUCCUCCACGGCGGGUCCAACAUUCCAUUGAAUCCAAUGCGGACCAGACUCUGGCUCAACACCAGAACACUCACACCUGAGCCAUCUAAAAAAAGUCCUCGUGGCCCCCCUCGUGGCCCUUCCGAGACCCCCCGUCUCUGGACGACUGCUGAUAGGCUUCCGGGCGGUGUCUGGCCUCCUGCGGAGCCCUCUUGGACUACGUUCGGCAUGGAGUCGGCCCGUCCUGGAGCCAUGCUUCUCGUCCGGCGGGAUCUAGAAAGGUCGGGCGAUGAACGCGAAGCAUCUUGCGUCACAAGCGUCGUGCAAAGAGCGCACCGCUAGAACCAAUGCCCGAAUUCCACGGCCCUGCAAGAGCAGACGGGGAAGCCCGCGAACGGUCCGCUCCGUCUUCUUCGCAGCUCGCUUUACGCGAGUGGCGGCGCGGCCGAUCGAGAGGCAGGGAUCCCCGACAAAGAAGCAGCACGAGCACGCGCACUUGUUCCACGUGCGUUUGGUGGAUUCGUCGCCGAUCUCUGCCGCGGCUGAUGUACAUGUGUGUGCGCGCCCUGAAAGCGCACGCUCUCGCUCUGCUUCCCCAGUGCGCGGCUGUCGCCUUUGCUCUCUGCCUGUUCCAGUGUCUUGUCUUUACCACUUGGCUCGUCGCCUCUGCCGUGUCGGCCGCACUGCGCUUCCGCUUCCACGCGUCGCUCACUGCUGCCUGCUUGCCCAAGGACUACAACAUGCCACACAACAAUCAUGCAUUGCCAUAGCGCUGCUGCGGGCACGCUCGGAAGCGCAACUGGUAAGCUUUGCGUUCGCGUUGCUGGCUGCUCCCUCGUCCUGGGCAUCGGUCAGCACCUGAAACUCGCGCUCCAUCCUCUGCCUCGCCUCCCUCUCCCCCUGCCUCACCGCUGUCGUCCCCCUAGGCAGGAAUCAGCCCCUGAGCCUUGUACUCCUCGAGGACUGCCUCGACAUCGCGCUUGCAGCCGAUGACAACCGGGCACUUCUCGUGGAUCUUCGAGGGCACGAUAUGUCCAGCAUCCUCUGCACCCUGCCCUUGAACAUGCCGCACGAGGCCGCGCCGCCGGCGGCCUCCACGAUCAUGGCCAUCGGGAAGCCCUCGUACAGCACGCGCAGCUUGCCGUUCGGCUCCUUCUUGUCCGCGGGGUAGAGGUAGAUGCCGCCGUACAAGAUCGUGCGGUGGACGUCUGAAACCAUGGAUCCGACGUACCUGGCGGCGUAUGGCUUGGCGCCCUGCUUCCACUUCUUGACUAUCGACUGCAUGGCGGCGUCCCAAUUCUGGCUGUUGCCCUCGUUGCAGCUGUAGAUCGUCUUUCCGCCACCCUCCGGAAGCUUGACGUGCGCCUUAAUGUGCAUAAACUCCCCGAUCGAAGGGUCCAGAACGAAACGGUGCACGCCAUGACCCUUGAACGUUAUGACGAGCUCCGUGGCGGAUCCGUACAUGCAGUACCCAGCCACGAGGAGGUCGUUGCCCGUCCGCAGGACGUCGUCCAUUGUAGCUGGCUCCUUCCCCUUGCUCUUCUUCUCGUAGAUGCCAAAAAUGGUGCCGGUGCUAACAUUGCAGUCGAUGUUGCUGCUACCGUCAAGUGGGUCGAACGCAACAAUGAAGCGUCCCCUCUUCGACUCGGGCACGAAGAUGGGAUCCUCGUUCUCCUCGGAAAUCAGAACGGCGCAAGUGCCACUGUUGACGAGGGCGUCAAUGAAAAUGUCGUUGGACAGCACGUCAAGCUUCUUCUGGUCGUCGCCAGUGGAAUUCACCUGGGUCGGCAAGCGAACCCCGGAAUUUUUCCAGGCAGAAUCUGGAAUUCCCAAACAAGCGAAGCCCGGAAUCGAUUCCGGCAAAACUCGAAAUCAGGAGCCCAAACCAAGAAUCCCUGGCAAACCAAGCCCAAAACCCAUUCCAGCCCAAACCUGGACUCCACCUCCCCUGGGAGCUUCAGGGUGCGCAUAUAACACCCCACCUGCGAAAAUAGCGACACUAGCGCAACUCGCAGCGCGCCGGAGCCGCACCUCGACGGGUUGCGCGUGACAGCCCACUCCGCGGGACCUCCCAAAACCCUACGAAGGUGACGAUCAUGGCGCAAUUCUCUUGCACCGGCUUACUGUCGUUAUCCACUGGACACCCUGACUUUGACAACUUCCGCGCCUGGGACCGAACACCGGACACCUGGAACCGGAGAGCGGGGACCAAAGACCAAGAACGCAACGGGGACCCUGUGAGCCAGGAGCCGGGAACUGGG